UUUUCCUCCUAACUUAUUUGGAGAAACGAAAAUAUCAACGCAGCUUCGAAUUUAGCAAUUCACUGUCGCACGUCCUCAUAUGAUAUCGUAUUAUUUCUUGUCCUAAUUUUACAAGAUGGAAUCGAAUCUGCAGCACGAAGAUUUGCUGAUAAAAUUGCGAGCAAAGCUGAACGAAGAAAGAAUAAAAUUAUGGGAGUCACCAUUUACCUUGCCCGAUCAAUCUAUUUCGGAGAGUUUAAAGGACCUCUCCAAAAAGUUUGCAACAGAACUCUCUCUCCCGGACAAUGACGUCUUGAGUGCACUGCAUGAAUUGCAGCUCCAUUCCAUUGACCGGUCCAAGGCUAACUCAGAGUUCAAGGAGACGGGACUGGCUACUCUCCGAGUGAAGGCUACCGUGCCGGGGGAGAAGCCGCAGGUGCUGAAGAUACAACAGACAUUGGAGUCGGUGGGCAAGGGGCUGAUAGAGUCGGUGGCUAAAGCGUUGGAUGUUAGUGAGAGUCGGGUGAAAUUAAUAUAUAAUGGCAAAGUUAUACAACCAGCUCCAAGUCUGGAGGAUCAGGGAGUCAAAAACGGGGUUCAAAUCAUGGCUCUAAUAAUGGCUGUAAACCCUGAGGAAGCUAAAAAGGAAGAUAGGAUGUAUUUGGAAAUGAAGUCUACACGCGACGAUGCCAUGUUGCUCUCAGAAUACGCUGAUGAUUUUGAGGAUGAAGAGUAUAUUAAGUUGGAAGACCAAUCAGGCAAGACGGUGGAGUUGCCUGCAACGGAACGUCGAGCUCUGAUGGUCGGGCUGGCGUUACACGAGCGCGGGCGGGCGGCCGCUAAGAAGAAGGACUACCCGCUCGCUCUCGUGUUGCUGCUAGAAGCUGAUAGACAACUGAGUGAAUGCAGCUCCUCAAUCCUGGCUUCAGUCGACAACGUGGCCGUCCUACAGCUGGACAUAGCGUGGUGCUACCUGUGUCUUCAGAGUCUAGCCGCGGCGGGCGACGCGGCGGCGAGGCUGGCGAGAGCGGAGCGCGCGCUCAAGCGGAGCUAUGGGGAGGACCAUGGGCGGGUGCUGGCGGUGAAGGGGACUGAUGCCAACGAGCGGGCGCUGAUGAUGCGGUUGCACCUCCUGCAGGGCAUCGUCAGCUUCCAUCAGAACAAGCGGGACGAAGCACGCCGGUUGCUUGAGAAAGCGGAGACCGAGCUUAACUCACUUAGGGUGGACGACGGCGCAGUAUCAGCGCUGAUGGAGCUGGGCUGGUCGCUGAGCGGCGCGCGGCGCGGGCUGCGCGCGGCGCGCGGCGACGUGGCGGCCGCGCACCACUACCUGGCCGACACGUCCGCCGCCCGGGACCUGCAGCGCCGCAGGCACAAGCAGGACAGGGAGAGCAAAGCCCUAGGCAUAUGCGUGGACGGUACUCCAGUCAACAAGCAGCUGGUUGACGCUCUGGUCGGGAUGGGGUACACGCGACGUCUAGCCACUCUGGCCUUGAGGAGCUCCAACAACCACGUGGCAGAGGGCGUCAGGCUGAUACAGGAACAACCAGAACUGUUGGAGGACAGUGACAUUGAAGAGGAAGCAGGGAGUGAGUCGCCGAGCUCAGAGGACUCCCUCGUUGAUCCGGACAACCAACUCGUUGCGGAGCUGGAGGCGAUGGGCUACUCGGCCGACGAGGCCCGGGACGCCCUGAGGCGCGCGCACAACCACGUCAGCGGCGCCGUCGACCUGCUAGUCGCCGGCAAGGGGCAACCACACGAAGGUAUGGAAACCACUGAUGCCGGGAACCCCUCCACUAGUGCCGCUUCCACCGCCAAAAAGGAGAAACAUGUGAAGAAAAAGAGGGAUGAAAAAAAGAAGCGAGAACGCGAGCAGGCUCUAAACCGACUGACAUCUGUCAUCCAACACGACGAAGACGACCAUCUGGACACUUCGCUGCUUGACGAGGAGGACUUCCUCGCGCAAUACAAGUCUCUACUCUAAACGGUAUACGG